AUGUCACUUUCCCAGUUCAAAGAUCUUGGGGACGAUGUUUGGCUGUAUGAGCCUCGAGAUAACGAAGAAGACAAUGGCAAGAGCAGCUCGGCACAAGGAGCUAAACGAACUCGCCAAAGCGGUAGAGGACACCCCCCAGCUCUCAUCAUUCUGUGCACGUGGCUGGGAGGGGCGACAACAAAACGGAUCGAAAGGUAUACCAAGGGUUACCAUGGUCUUUGGCCCCAAUCCAGCAUUCUUCUGAUCCGUACUAACAUCGGCGAAUAUCUCGUCCGGAGCACCACUUCUCUCCGUCGGAAGCUUCGCCCAGCGCACCGCGAGAUCAGGAGGCUAGGACUAGUAAUUCAACAUGAACACAAAGCCUCGAGCGUACCGCAGGACGGGAAAAUCCUUCUUCACAUAUUCUCACAAGGUGGAGGCAACAUAGCAAUGCAGUUGGUUGAGUCUACAAACGCCAUCCUUGCGACACUGGGGUAUGAAGGACCGCUGCCCCUGAGACAAAUUGUUCUCGACAGUUGCCCUGGGAACCCUGACAUCCAUAGCACCUAUGAAGCUGCUGCUCAUUCCUUGCCAGACGUCAGUCUCCUGCGGCCUUUGGGCUGCGUUGUCAUGUAUAUCUUAGCCGUCGGCUUGGUAGGAAUGGAAGCAAUUGGGCUCAGGGAGCCGAGUGCCAAAAUGAUGCGCUCGCAGUUGAACGACCCAGACAUCUUCUCAGCCAAAGCUGCAAGGCUGUAUCUGACCUCAGAGGCUGACAAAAUUGUGGACUCUCGGGAUGUCGAGGAGCAUCGGAACCAGGCAGUUGCCAAGGGCAUGACGACUGAUAUCUUGCGGUUUCACCGAGCGGGGCAUUGUUCACUUGUCUUGGAGAACGAAGCCGCCUAUUGGAAUGCAAUUGAGUCUGGGUGGGAGAAAGGUGCGACUCCCGAGGACACGCAGAGUGUCGGACAUUUUGAGGACUCGGGAUCACUCUACCCUUCCUGUAUAUCGCCAGCAACGUCCAACCAGUCUCGCAGUCGGCUGUGA